AUGCCAAGGUAUGCAUUUCUUCGGCGAUUUGAUAUAACAUUCCGACACUUUUUGCGAUCAUAUGUAUCAGUGGGAGAGGAGCCGAGUGCUGAUUUGCUUGGCAAAGCUACCGUUUAUCCAUUUGUUCUUCAGGAUUAUAUAGAUGAUACUUUGAAAGAGAGAGACCAUUUCGGUUUCAAGAAAAUGAUAACAAUAGAUGAUUUAUUCCAUGCACGGAUACACUAUGGCCACAAGAUUGGAACAGUGAAUGAGAGGAUGAAGUGGUCGUUAUUUGGUGAACGUUUAGGUGUUUGCAUUUUUGAUUUACAGAAAACGCGUGAACACUUGAUUACAGCGUUAAAUUUUAUCGCUCAUAUCGCAAUGCGUGGUGGAAUGUUCCUAUUCAUUACGUCGCAAAAAAAUAAUAUGUUAAUGGUUGAGCGAAAAGCUCUAGAAAUAGACGAAUUUGCCCACGUACGUAGUUGGAAAGAAGAUACUUUACUUAAUGCGAAGGCAUUAUUUGGCGCACCGAUACGUCUACCUGACACCAUCAUAUUCUUAUCAACAUUAACAUCGGUAUUAGAAACACACCCAGCAGUACGCGAAGCAGCAAAAAUGGUAAUUCCUACGGUUGGUAUCGUGGAUUCCAACGCUGAUCCUACCUAUAUUACAUAUCCGAUUCCUGGAAAUGAUGACUCAACACCCAGUGUAGGGUAUUUCAUGGAUUGUUUCGUUAAAGCUAUCAAGAUGGGAAAAGAAGCACGACGGUCAUUACUUGCUGAUUAA